AUGGUACGCACUUUGACGGCCGCGGCGGCGGCCUUGCUCGUUUCGACCUCCCUUGCGGCCACGGCCGCGGUCGCCGACGACAUCAAUCCGGCGGUCGUCUUCGACAUGGGCGGCAAGUUCGACAAGUCCUUCAACGAGGGCGUCUUCAACGGGGUCGAGAAGUUCAAGAAGGAAACCGGCGUUUCCUAUCGGGAGUUUGAGGUCACCAACGAAACCCAGCGCGAACAGGCGCUGCGGCGCAUGGCCCAGCGCGGCGCCGACCCGAUCAUCGGGGUCGGGUUCGCCCAGGCGCCGGCCCUCGAAAAGGUGGCCAAGGAGUUUCCGGACACCCGCUUUACGAUCAUCGAUUCCGUUGUCGACCUGCCGAACGUCCGUUCGGUGGUGUUCAAGGAGCACGAGGGCUCCUUCCUCGUCGGCAUGAUUGCGGCGCUGAAGUCGGAGUCCGGCAAGGUCGGCUUCGUCGGCGGCAUGGAUAUCCCGCUGAUCCGCAAGUUCGCCUGCGGUUACGAGCAGGGCGCCAAGCACGUGAGCGGCAACACCGAGGUGCUGCAGAACAUGACCGGCACCACGCCGGCCGCCUGGAACGAUCCGACGCGCGGGUCGGAACUGGCCAAGAGCCAGUUUGACCGCGGCGUCGAUGUGAUCUACGCGGCUGCCGGCGGCACCGGCGUCGGCGUCUACCAGACCGCCAAGGACAGCGGCAAGUUCGCCAUCGGCGUCGACUCCAACCAGAACCACCUGCAGCCGGGCACCAUGCUGACCUCCAUGCUCAAGCGCGUGGAUGUCGCGGCCUACAAGGCCUUCAAGGACGCUCAUGACGGCAGCUGGGCCCCCGGCAUCCAGGUGCUGGGCCUGGCCGAAGAGGGUGUGGGCUGGGCGCUUGACGAGUACAACAAGGACCUGGUCUCGGCGGACAUGAUGGCAAAGGUGGAAGCCGCGGCCGCGGACAUUGUUUCCGGCAAGCUCAGCGAACUGACCUCUCGGCUUCCUGCCGUGGUUCGGGUGCGUUUUCUGGGUGCUGCCGCCGCCGGCCCGGGAACGACCCUUGAACAGCAUGCGGGCCCGCCGGGAGGCGCCGGCGACUCGCCCGCCAUCGAGCUGCGGGGGAUCAGCAAAGCCUUCGGGCCGGUUCAGGCCAACAAGGACGUCUCGCUGAACAUCCGCCCGGGGUCGAUCCACGGCAUCAUCGGCGAAAACGGCGCCGGCAAGUCGACCCUGAUGAGCAUCCUCUAUGGCUUCUACGAAGCCGACAGCGGCGAAAUUCUCAUUUCCGGCGUGCCGACGCGGAUCCGCUCUUCCAACGACGCCAUCGCCGCCGGCAUCGGCAUGGUCCACCAGCACUUCAUGCUGGUCGACAACAUGUCCGUCGUGGAGAACAUCAUGCUGGGCGCGGAAUCCGGCGCGAUCCUGACCUCCAGCGUCGCCGCCGCGCGCGCCGAACUGGAGCGCCUGGAACGGGACUACGAUCUGGAGGUCGACCCGGAUGCGUUGGCCGGCGAACUGCCGGUGGGCCAGCAGCAGCGCGUCGAGAUCCUGAAGGCGCUUUACCGCGGCGCCGACAUCCUGAUCCUCGACGAGCCGACCGGCGUGCUCACCCCGCAGGAAACCGAUCAACUCUUCCGCAUUCUCGAUUCCCUGCGUCAGCAGGGGGUGACCAUCGUUCUGAUCACCCACAAGCUGCAGGAGAUCAUGGCAGUCACCGACCAUGUCUCCGUCAUGCGCGGCGGCGAGAUGAUCGCCCAUCGCAGGACCAGCGAGACCAGCAAGGAAGAGCUGGCAGAGCUGAUGGUCGGGCGCAAGGUGCUGCUGCGGGUCGACAAGGCGGCGCCCCAGGCCGGCGAGACCGUUCUGGCGCUGGAGAGCCUGACCUUCGUGGACCGUGUGGGCGUGAAGCGCGUCGACAACGUCAGCUUCUCGGUGCGCGCCGGGGAGAUCGUCGGCAUCGCCGGCGUUUCCGGCAACGGCCAGAGCGAGCUUCUGGAUCUGCUGUCCGGCAUCCGCCCGAUCAGCGCCGGACGCUUUACCAUGAUGGGGCAGACCUUCUCCGCGGGCCAUCCGCUCGACCCCGCCACCAUGCGCGACCUCAAGGUGGCGCACGUGCCGGAGGACCGGCUGCGCAGCGGCCUCGUGCGCACCUUCGCCGCCGAGGAAUCGGCGAUCUUGGGCUACCACAACGACCCCGCCUACAACGGGCGCGUACUCAUGAACCAAGAGGUGAUUCACGAGGACUGCGCCAGGAAGAUGGCGGAUUUCGAUGUGCGUCCGCAGAACGCCAGCCUGAAGACCGCCAACUUCUCCGGCGGCAAUCAGCAGAAGCUGAUCCUGGCGCGGGAAAUCUCGCGCAGCCCGCGCCUUCUUCUGGUCGGCCAGCCGACCCGCGGCGUCGACAUCGGCGCCAUCGAGUUCAUUCACCGCAACAUCAUCGCCAUGCGCGAUUCGGGCUCCGCCGUGCUGCUGGUUUCCGUGGAGCUGGAGGAAAUCAUGUCGCUGAGCGACCGCAUCGUCGUGAUGUUCGAAGGGCGCAUCGUCGGCGAGCUGCCGGCCCAUGAAGCCAACGAGCGCCUGCUCGGCCUGAUGAUGGCCAACGCGGCGCCGGCACGUCUCGGGCGCAUGAGCGCGGCGCCGGGCAGCAUUCCGCGCUGGGUCGAUAUCGGCCUCAUUCCGCUGGUCAACAUCGCGCUGGCCUUCUUCGUCUCCGGCAUCAUCCUCUGGACCAUCGACGUCGAUCCCUUCACCGCGGUGGAGAUCAUUCUCUUCGGCGCCUUCGGCUACGACGAGGCGAUCGGCUACACGCUCUACUACACCACCAACUUCGUCUUCACCGGACUGGCGGUGGCGGUCGCCUUUCACGCCGGGCUGUUCAACAUCGGCGGCGAAGGCCAGGCCUACAUCGGCGGCCUGGGCGUCGGCCUCGGCAUCCUGCUCGUCGACACGACUCUCCCGUUUGUGCUGAUCCUGCCGCUUUCGAUCCUGCUGGCCGCCGCCUUCGGCGCCGGCUGGGCGGCGAUUCCGGCCUACCUGCAGGCCUAUCGCGGCAGCCACAUCGUCAUCACCACCAUCAUGUUCAACUUCAUCGCUUCGGCGCUGAUGGUCUACCUGAUGGUGAACAUCCUCAUUCAGCCGGGCUCCAUGUCGCCGGAAAGCCGCGAGUUCGCGGCUUCCGGUCAACUGCCGUUCAUGCACGAGGUCUUCGGCUGGUUCGGCAUGCAGGUCACGCCCUCGCCACUGAACCUUUCUGUCGUCUGGGCGGCAAUCUGCUGCGUACUCGUCUGGGCCUUCAUCUGGCGCACCCGCUGGGGCUAUCAGAUCCGCACCGUCGGCGCCAACGAGACGGCGGCCAUCUAUGCCGGCAUCGAUCCGCGCCGUGUCAUCAUGCUGGCGAUGGCCGUGUCCGGCGCGCUGGCCGGCUUCGUCGGCAUCAACGAGGUGAUGGGCGUCCACCACCGCCUGCUGCUGAACUUCACCGCCGGCUACGGCUUCACCGGCAUCGCGGUCUCCCUGAUGGGCCGCAACCACCCCGUCGGCAUCGUGCUCGCCAGCCUGCUCUUCGGCAUGCUCUACCAGGGCGGCGCGGAACUGGCCUUCGAGGAGCCGAAGGUGACCCGCGAACUGGUGGUGACCAUCCAGGGCCUGGUGAUCCUCUUCUCCGGUGCACUGGCCUUCAUGAUGAAGGGCCCCAUCGAGCGGGGGCUGCUCUUCAACCUGCUGCUUUCCAUCGACGCCACCUUCCGGGUCGCGACGCCGCUGGUGCUCUGCGCCAUGGCCGGGCUCUUCGCCGAGCGUUCCGGCGUCAUCGAUAUCGGCCUGGAGGGCAAGAUGCUGGCCGCCGCCUUCGCCGCGGCCUCCAUGGCGGCGGUCACCGGCUCGGCCUGGCUGGCGCUCGGCGCCGGCAUGGUCGUCUCCGUGGCCCUGGCCCUGCUGCACGGUUUUGCCUGCAUCACCCACCGCGGCAACCAGGUUGUCAGCGGCGUGGCCAUCAACAUCCUGGUCUCCGGCCUCACCGUGGUCCUGGGCAUCGCCUGGUUCGCCCGUGGCGGCCAGACUCCCUCCGUCUCCAACGAAGCCCGCUUCACGCCGAUCACCUGGCCCGGCGCCGAGACGCUGGCCGGCGUGCCGAUCCUCGGCCCGAUCUACAGCGAGCUGCUCAGCGGCCACAACCUGCUGGUCUAUGUCGCCUUCCUCAUCGUCCCGCUCACCUGGUGGGUGGUUUAUCGUACCCGCUUCGGCCUGCGCCUGCGCGCCGUCGGCGAGAACCCCAACGCGGUCGACACGGCGGGGAUUUCGGUCAGCGGCCUGCGCUAUGCGGCGAUGCUCUGCUGCGGCGCGCUCUGCGGCAUCGCCGGCACCUAUCUCUCCAUCGCCCAGAACGCCGCCUUCGUGCGCGACAUGACGGCCGGGCAGGGCUAUAUCGCCCUGGCGGCGAUGAUCUUCGGCAAGUGGCGGCCCGUGCCGGCCAUGCUCGCCUGCCUGAUGUUCGGUUUCCUGGACGCCGUGGCGAUCCGCCUGCAGGGCGUCGAGGUGCCGGUGAUCGGGCCGAUCCCGGUGCAGCUCAUCCAGGCGCUGCCCUAUGUGCUGACCGUCGUUCUGCUGGCCGGCUUCAUCGGCCGGGCCAUCGCCCCCAAGGAUCUGGUUACCCUGGCGAUCGCUGCCAUGGAGCGGGCCUACGCGCCCUAUUCGAACUUCCCCGUGGGCGCCGCGCUGCGGGCGCAGAACGGCGCGGUGUUUUCGGGCUGCAAUGUCGAGAACGCGGCCUACCCGCAGGGCUGGUGUGCCGAGACCAGCGCCAUCGCCGCCAUGAUCAUGGCCGGGGAGACGCGCAUUGUGGAGAUCGCGGUGGCGGGCGGCGGUGCGGGGCUCUGUACACCCUGUGGCGGCUGCCGCCAGCGCCUGCGGGAGUUCGCCGGCGACGAUCUUGUCAUCCAUGUCUGCGGGCCCGAAGGACUGCGCCGGACGGUGACCCUGGGCGAGCUCUUGCCGCUUUCGUUCGGUCCGGACAAUCUGGUGUCUUUGAUGUUCGAGGAAGCGGCCGAAACCGCCGCCAUGAUCCGCCGACAGGCCGGCAUCGUGCCGAAGGUGGCGCUGGUGCUGGGCUCCGGCCUCGGCGCCGUCGCCGAUGCGGUGGAGGCGCCGCAGACCCUCGCCUACCGGGACCUGCCGGGUUUCCCGCGCCCCUCGGUCGCAGGGCACGGCGGCAGCCUGAUCCUGGGGCGCAUCGCCGGACUGCCGGUGGCGGUGCUUCAGGGCCGCGCGCACUACUACGAAAGCGGGCGCGCCGAUGGCAUGAACCUGGCUCUGGCGGUGCUGAAGGAACUCGGCUGCGCGCGGCUCAUUCUGACCAAUGCCGCCGGCUCCCUGCGCGCCGACGUCGGGCCGGGGCGCCUGAUGCUGAUCCGCGACCACAUCAACUUCGCCGGCGUCUCGCCGCUUUUCGGGCUUGCCGGCAACGCGCGCUUCGUCGAUCUGGUCGACGCCUACGACCCCGCGGCGCGCGCCGCCAUCGUCGACGUCGCCGGGCGCCUGGGCCUGCCGCUGGCCGAGGGCGUCUACGUCUGGUUCUGCGGGCCGCAUUUCGAAACCCCGGCGGAAAUCCGCGCGGCGCAGGUCCUCGGCGGCGAUGCGGUGGGCAUGUCGACGGUGCCGGAGGUCAUUGUCGCACGGCUGCUGGGCCUGAAGGUUUCCGCGCUGUCGAUGAUCACAAACCUGGCCGCCGGGAUGUCCGCGGAGCCGCUCUCCCACGACCACACCAUGCAGCACGCGACGGCGGCCGCCGCCGAUAUGGCGAUGAAAGCCGUGGCGGCGCGGGCCCUCGGCCUGCUCGACCUCACCAGCCUCAAUGACGACGACGAUGCGGCGGUGGUCGACGCGCUCUGCGAAAGGGCGAGGACGCCAUUCGGCCCCGUGGCCGCCGUCUGCAUCUGGCCGCGUUUCGUGGCGCAGGCGAAAGACCUGCUGCAUGGCAGCGGCAUCAAGGUUGCGGCGGUGGCGAACUUCCCCGCCGGCGGCGACGACAUCGCCGCGGCGCUGAGCGACACGCGGGAGAUCGUCCAGGCCGGCGGCGACGAGGUGGACCUUGUGAUGCCCUACACGAAGUGGCUGGCCGGGGAGCGGGAUCUGGCCAAGCGGAUGAUCGCCGACUGCAAGCAGGCCUGCGGCGACACAGCGCGCCUCAAGGUCAUCCUCGAAACCGGCCGGCUGGACGCUGCGGAGACGAUCUAUGAAGCCAGCGGCGAUGCCAUCGCCGCCGGCGCCGAUAUGAUCAAGACCUCGACCGGCAAGAUCGCAGUGUCUGCCACCCUGGAGGCUGCCGAGGCCAUGUUGCGGGCGAUCAAGGACUCCGGCCGCGAUGUCGGCUUCAAGGCGGCGGGCGGCAUACGCGACACGGCGGCGGCGGGCGUCUACCUGGCCCUCGCCGACCGGAUCAUGGGCCCGGACUGGGUCGACCCCUGGCGGUUCCGCUUCGGCGCCUCCGGUCUGCUGAACGAUCUUUUGGCCGUGCUCGGAGACGAGGAGAUCAUCCGCCGCAAGCGCGACGGUGCGGCCCUUUCGCAGGAGGAGAUCGCCGCCUUCGUGGCCGGCAUCGCCGAUGACAGUAUCGGCGAGGGCCAGGUUGCGGCCUUUGCCAUGGCGGUUUUCCUGCGUGGCAUGGCGCGGGCCGAAGCGGUGGCCCUGACCCGCGCCAUGACCGAGUCCGGCCAGCGCCUGGACUGGCAGGGCCUGGACCUGCCGGGCCCCUGCGUCGACAAACAUUCCACCGGGGGCGUCGGCGACAAGGUCAGCCUGAUCCUCGGGCCGCUGGUGGCGGCCUGCGGCGGCUACGUGCCGAUGAUUUCGGGCCGGGGGCUCGGCCAUACCGGCGGCACGCUGGACAAGCUGGACGCCAUUCCCGGCUAUACCACCGCGCCGGAUGUCGAUCGCUUCCGCCAGACGGUCAAGGCCGCCGGCUGCGCCAUCAUCGGCCAGACCGCCGACCUGGCGCCGGCCGACAAGCGGCUCUAUGCCAUCCGUGACGUCACCGCGACGGUAGAAUCCAUCCCGCUGAUCACGGCGUCCAUUCUCUCCAAGAAGCUGGCCGCCGGUCUCCAGGGCCUGGUGAUGGACGUAAAGACCGGCAACGGCGCCUUCGCCGCGACGGUGGAGGAGGCGCGGGCCUUGGCGGAGAGCAUCGUCGCCGUCGCCGGCGGGGCGGGCCUGCCCACCACGGCGCUGAUCACCGACAUGAACCAGCCGCUGGGAAGCACCGCGGGCAAUGCCCUGGAGGUCGCCGAAUCGGUGGCCAUGCUGAAGACCGGCCAGGGCGACGCGCGCCUGCGCGAACUGGUCAUCGCGCUGGCAGCCGAGAUGCUGGUGCUCGGCGGCUUGGCGCCGGAGGCCGCGGCGGCGGCUCAGCAAGCGGAGGCCGCGCUGACAUCCGGCGCGGCGGCUGAACGCUUCGGCGCCAUGGUGGCCGCCCUUGGCGGAGCGGCGGACUUCGUCGAACGCUCUGAUGACUAUCUUCCCAAGGCCCCGGUCCAGCGCCCGGUGGCGGCGGAGGCGGCCGGGCGCCUGACCGCCUGCGACACCCGCGCGGUCGGCCUGGCGGUGGUGGAACUGGGCGGCGGGCGGCGGCGGGUCGAAGACAGCAUCGACUACGCGGUCGGUUUCAGCGACCUGCUGCCCCUGGGCAGCGCCGUACAGUCCGGCGAUCCCCUGGCCGUGGUCCACGCUGCCACCGAAGAGGCCGCGGAGGCGGCAAGCCGGCGCUUGCAGGAAGCCUUCACCUUCGGUCAGACUGUCGAAGACGCCGGCGGGCCGGUGGUGCGGCAGCGCAUCACCGCCGCGGAUGUUUAA